AAAUAUCUGCAGGUAUUAUGCUCUCCUCCCUCAGUUCUAAUUCCUUCUAUAUCCUGUGAUAUUUAUCCAUAUUUUGUAUCCUAAAUAAUAAAAAAUAGAAGUGUCAUGAAACGUGCCCUUGUUUAGGAGACUAUUUGAGUUCCCUGGCUCAGUUUGGCUCUGCAUGCUGAGUCUCCUCUCACUCCUCUGUGCAAAAUCACUUCAUACGACUGUUGGCAGGUAUAUUUAUUUCAUUAUUUAUUUUUCUCUCACUUGUAGUUUUUUAGUUCUUUAACUGUGCUCAUGCAGCACUUGUUCUUGCUCCCCAGGUGGAAAGUUCCCCCUGCAUUCUGGAUGUGGACAUGUUCCACUUAGUGGUGAGCUGAAAAGCUUGUUAAAUGAUACUUUAGGCACUAUUAAGUGUAUAUUAGCAUCAGAUUAGAGUAACAUUGUCGUCCAGAAUCUAAACCUGUCUAUCUAACAGGUAAUUGUCUGUGGUUUCUUUGGCUGUAGUCUCUGCAUCAUGUUUUGUGUUUGUAUGUCAGGGGAGUCUGGUGCUGUAAUAUUCAGCAUUGCACUGCUUAGACCCUUCAGGGCUUAGUGCGGAUACUGCACACCUGCAUCUCUUCCACUUGGUCAUUGUGGCUCACCUGGUCCAGAUCCCCCUCACCUCUGUGCCAGGUUAGAGCAUAUUCUACUUGGAGCACGUACAACUUAACAAUAGAUGGUGAUCUGUGUUAUGCUGUCAUUUGUGUGUUUAUUAACCCUCGUUCUUACAAAUGAGUAAUAACGUGUUUGCUGUCAAAGUAAUUCACUGCAGCCAACAGCGUUAGAUUUGUGUAGGGUUUUAUUUUUGGGGAGGGUGAACACAAUUUUUAAAGUGUUUAAAUUUAAUCCUAAAGAAAUGUUUCUAUACAUGCUGCAGUACACGUGUUUAUUUACUAUUUGUUUUUUUUAUACUGUUUCAGUAUUUAGUAGACUGUUCUGUGAACAGCAAUGGUUUUGCGUCUGAGUUGUUAAUUUUGUUUUGAGUUUUGCCAAAACUUGCUGCUUAUUAGAGAUGCCGAGCAUCCAACCAGGAACAUGAUUUUGGUUCAGAAAUAUUCAUUAAUGGUGUCCAAAAAGUUGCCCCAAACCUGUAGAUCAUUAUUAUUAUUAUUAUUAUUUAUUAACACAUUAAUUGGACAGCCCUCGUUAACAUUGGUGGUGUGUCCACAGAGGAGCUGACCAUGGAGCAGGAGCGUGAAGGAGAGGAGUGGGAGCAGGAAGAGAGUGUCUGUCUUCUCUAUAACACAUUGAGGACUCAUGUAGGCUGCCUGCGUGAGACUAGCUCGGGUUGGCAUCUCUGGCGUUGUGUAAAGGCAGGCAUCCUGCCCUUCCUCAGAGGAGCCGCACUGUUCUUCCGCCAUCUCAAUGGAGUUCCCAUUCCGCCUGAGCUCAACGACGGCAGUGUGAAGUGGUGUACCACUAUGUGAGGAGGGAGAAGUAUGCUCUGAGGACGAGGAGAUGGAGCAGGAUGACGUGGCCUCUCUCUGGAGCUCCUCCACGUUCUUCACGCAAAAACAAUAACUCUCU